AUGCUCAUUCAUACAAAUGUAAAAUCAUGCGUUACCUGUCCUGUGGGUGAAGUGCACUCAAAACUGUCAGAAGAUGUUGAGCAGAAGAACAAACGGGCGAGAAGAUGCGGACAGUGUUAAACCUGAUCGAAAGAAGACUUCAGAGGACUCUGGGGUGACUGUGUCUCAGAGGAGCUGCUGGACUGUUGUGUCCUUCUGGUUGAAGGUUCUGCUCUUCAUCAUCUUCACUCCAGCUUUCCUGAACUACGCCUCCCUGCAGAGAGAGGGACAAGUGCUGUCAUCCGCAGGUGCUCAGCUGAUUGAUAUCGGCCUCGGCCAAAAGAUCUAUCUGUUGUGCAAAGGACACGGGCAACCUGUUGUUGUUCUUGAUGCUCCAGCAGGGAUGUCUUCAGAUGUUUGGUAUUAUGUGCAGGAGAGUCUCUCAUUAUCGACAAAAGUGUGCACCUAUGACAGAGUCGGUCUGGGUUUCAGCCGAAGAACCCUGCAGAAUGAAACUACAGGCACAGAGAAAGUCUGGGGAAUAUCAACCACCGGAAGGAUGGUGGAUGACCUUCAUCGAUUGGUCAAGGCUGCAGAUAUAGCCACACCCUUCAUCCUGGUUAGCUCUGAGCUGGGCACGCUCAACGGCAGGUUCUACAGCCACAUCCAUGACACGCAAGUGUCUGACCUGGUGUUGAUCGAUCCGAUCCCAGAGGAUGUUUUUGAAGAGGAGAAGUGGCAGCAGUUCUGGUACUCUCACCUCGUCCCGUCCCUGCAGAUGAUGCAGUUCUCUGCAGCUGCAGGUUUGAGUCGUCUGCUCAUUAUUCUGGGUGUGUUGAAGCCAGUCAUUCAGGGAGGCGACGUCUCAGAGGAACUCCUGCAGCGACAGGUCAGCCCACAAACUCCAUCUGAGCCUGCUCAUAGUUCAUGGAUUAAACCGGCAUCCGUUCAGUCAUCAACCCUGAUAAUGAACUGCUAUUGUGGUCAUUAAAUUUCCUGCUUAGCAGAUUUUCUCUUUCAUUUUUCACUGUUUGAUGGCUAAUCGUGUCUUGUAAGCAGAUCAGUGUGUACAUAUACAACUCAAGGUUAUGGUGUCACUGCUUCUAGUUUUUUUUUAAACUGUAAUUUCCA